AUGGUGAGACGUUUUUCUCAGAUCUUUCUCGGUCCGCACCUUCUACUAUCGAUCCGUCACGCAGGUCGUGGCAAUUGCGGAUACGGCGUCCUUGCGGAGUCCGGCUACGGUCCGCUCAUCGCGGCGGGAAGUGCGCCGCUUUACAAGGGCGGCAAAGGUUGCGGCGCCUGCUACAAGGUGCGGUGCGUGGACAGCCAGUGGUGCAAGGACGCGGAGAUCACGGUGCCAAUAACGGACUUCUGUCCGGGCGGCGGAGUGUGCUGUCCCACGUGCACGCACUUCGACCUCAGCCAGCCCGCGUUCGGCAUCAUCGCGGACCCCGUCGCGGGAGUCAUUCCGCUCGCCUACCAGCGGGUGCCAUGCUCCUUCCCCACCUCCAUCACCUUCCGCGUCACCGGCACCAACUACUGGAUGAACGUGCUGCUGCUGCGCGUGGGCGGGCCGGGGGAGGUGGCUCUGGUGGAGGUGUCAUCUAAGAACGACCCCAACUGGCGGCCGCUCACGCACGACUGGGGCGCGAAUUGGGUCAGCUACAGUUAUAUCGAGGGGCCGUUGAAAUUUCGGCUUACGUCGGGGAUGGACGGGGCUGUGAUUACAACGGGGGAAAAUUGCGUUCCGGCGAUUUAUCCCGGGGAUUUCACUUGCGGCGCGCAAUUUACGAGUGGGUAUAACAGUUCGGAUACUAACGGGGAUGGUGGGAGUAACAGCAGCGUGGGGAACAGUACAAAUGUGCCUGAGAAAAAGAACGGCGACAAUGGCAAUAGCGGGAAUGCCAGUAACGGGGACAGCAACAAAGCCACGAACAACGGCAGCUCAGCAGGACCUACCCCAGCAACGACCGCCCCAGCUACCACUUCCCCUGACUCACCUCCCCCGGUAACCACUCCACCUGUAACCAACCCCCCAGCAACAACCGCCCCUGGAACAACCGCCCCUGGCACUACAGACCCUGCAGCAACCACCCCUUUCACAACUGUCCCUGCCACAACUACUGGAACCGAAGGCUCCUCCUUCGGACGAAGCAGCACUGCUGGUGGCGGCCCCGCCACCGGUACCCCCAAUGCUGACGUGUCCCCUGCCGCGUCAGCAUCCUCUCCUGCUCCCGCCGGCCGCAAGGUCAAUGCGGGCGGCAGCAGCGCCGGCAGCGGCACGGGCAGGUCGCAGACCACAGGAGGUGUGACUAUACCGAAUGCCAGCUACAUCAUUGAUUCAAACGGAGCAGCUGCCACCAGUGGCAAUGCUCAAGUGGGAGCGGGCGGCACGGCAGCAGCAGGAACAGUGGGUGCUGCCGCCGCCAUGGGUCGUAUGCACAGUCACGGAAAGGGUAUUUCGCGCUCCGCCCUGCCCUACAAGCGCACUCCUCCCAGCUGGUUGAAGAUCUCUGCCACCGAGGUCGACGAGCACAUUUGCAAGCUCGCGAAGAAGGGUUUGACGCCGUCGCAGAUCGGCGUCAUUCUGAGGGACUCCCAUGGUAUCGCGCAGGUGUCCGGCGUCACGGGCAGCAAGGUCCUGCGCAUUCUCAAGGCUCACGGCUUGGCGCCCGAGAUCCCCGAGGACCUGUACCAUCUGAUCAAGAAGGCGUUGGCGGUGCGCAAGCACUUGGAGCGCAACCGCAAGGACAAGGACUCCAAGUUCCGCCUCAUUCUCAUCGAGAGCCGCGUGCACCGCCUCGCGCGCUACUACAAGUGGACCAAGAAGCUGCCGCCCAACUGGAAGUACGAGUCCGGCACUGCCAGCACCCUCGUUGCCUAA